AUCGGUUUGCACCUAUAAACACAUAUCAACACCGGAAAAUUUCUCAUUGUUAGAAUUGUUCCGGCAAGAGUGCCUGACAGAGUAGCCAAAGAAGAAAAUCAUGGCUCGCCCGUCGAUUUUGGUAGCCUUAGUGCUGUUCAGCAUUAUUGCUUGCAUCCAGGGAAAACCUAAGGGGCAUGAUUCCGUGAACAAAAAUGAGAAUACGAACGAGCUUUUACGACGGAGUUUCAAUAAUGGUUCGAACACGAAUUCGUUGUCCUCACAAACGCCCAAGACUCCCAGAUCCGGUAACAACCCCGAAAAGAUUAACACAGCCGCUGUGACGGCGCGGGCAAGUCAUGACGAGACGUCCGAAUCAACGACGGCUGACAACACGAUGACCAAAACACCGAUAGAAAGGUCUGAUUCGGUUGUAACUGAUGCCGACGCCGAAUCGGAUGCCGAAGCCCUUGAGUUGAAAAAAACCAAGGAUUUAAUAAAGGCUUUAAACGAGGCGUCCGGAGAUAAACUGAGUAAAGAGAAUGCGCUGGCCUUAAUCACAGCUAUGGGCUCUUUGCUGGAGAAACUCGACAACGCUACAAAGACCGGACAAAUAGCAAGGCGUGAUUACAAUAAAAAUAUAAACAAAAAUACUUUCAAACCGAGAAUGCCGAUGCAAUACGUGAACCCGCAGCCUUUGGGAAUUGAUACCAGCAACCUUGCUCGUCAAAACAUUAACCAAGGGCAAGCCAUGGAGAACAAGACCGAUGCCAUCGAAGGUGAUUCUCGAACCGAUCAGGAUAAUGAUAGCCACGAUUCUGAUGAUAAUGAGGAUGAUGGUGAAGGUCGUAGUGAGGAUCAUAGCGAGGAUGAUAGUAAGCGUGACAAUGAGGAUCAUAGCGAGGAUGAUAGUAAGCGUGACAAUGAGGAUCAUAGCGAGGAUGAUAGUAAGCGUGACAAUGAGGAUCAUACUGAGGAUGAUAGUAAGCGUGACAAUGAAGAUCAUGCCGAGGAUCAUACUGAGGCUGAUAGUAAGCGUGACAAUGAGGAUCAUAGCGAGGAUGAUAGUAAGCGUGAUAAUGAGGAUCAUAGUGAGGAUGAUAGUAAGCGCGAUAAUGAGGAUCAUAGUGAGGAUGAUAGUAAGCGUGAUAAUGAGGAUCAUAGUGAGGAUGAUAGUAAGCGUGACAAUGAAGAUCAUGCCGAGGAUCAUACUGAGGAUGAUAGUAAGCGUGAUAAUGAGGAUCAUAGUGAGGAUGAUAGUAAGCGCGACAAUGAGGAUCAUAGUGAGGAUGAUAGUAAGCGUGACAAUGAGGAUGAUAGUGAGGAUGAUAGUAAGCGUGACAAUGAAGAUCAUAGUGAGGAUGAUAGUAAGCGCGAUAAUGAGGAUCAUAGUGAGGAUGAUAGUAAGCGUGACAAUGAGGAUGAUAGUGAGGAUGAUAGUAAGCGUGACAAUGAGGAUCAUGCUGAGGAUGAUAGUAAGCGUGACAAUGAGGAUGAUAGUGAGGAUGAUAGUAAGCGUGACAAUGAGGAUCAUGCUGAGGAUCAUAGUAAGGAUCAUAGUGAGGUGAGUGAGGACCGUAGUGAGCAUCAAAGUGAUGAGGGCGAAGAUAGUUCUCGCCAGGAAGACCACCACGAGGAAGACAAUGAGGAUGACGAUUCAGAUGAGAGCAGCGACGAAUCUCCCGAGUCGGGGAGAUUAUUGGUGAAUGAAAACUUCAAUUACAACAAGAACGUCAACCAAUUUGGCCUCCAAGGCAAGAAGGAUGAUGAAUAUUAUAAAAAUCUAUUUCGGCGACGACUGACUAAUAAUAUACAGGGUUUGGAAUCGUCAAAAAAGAACUUGAAUCAUCUCAGAAGAGGCGUUAACAUCAAUGAGAAUACGAACGAUUUGCCGUACUUGGAGUCAAGACGCAACAUUGGAAGCAACGAAGAGAGCAGAGAAAACUUCUCCGAAAAAGUUGGCAACAUUGACAAAGAUUUUAGUAAAAUUAUGAACACGAAGAAAGACACAAAUGUCAACUAUAACGAGAACUUGAAUCUCUUCAGGCCGGCCAAUUCAGGCCUUGCACCCCAUCAGCCUAGUUAGAAAUGACGACUAAUCAUCAAGCACGAGAUUGUUAGACCGAGGAACAACCUGAAAGAUAAAUGAUAUCUGCAGCUUGAUCGCGUCUUUGUAUAAUACAAUAUCUGCAAAGUAAAAAUUGGGUGUUAUUGUAUUGCAGUAUGACUCUAUAUAAACUGUUU